AUGAUCCUCAGAAAUGUAGCCAUACGGCAUGGCCGUAAGGCGCUUGCUGCUCCCAUCAAAAAGUCCCUUCUCCGAACCAUCACCACCGAGACUCUGCAGCAAGAAACCGAAGCAAUCGAACACAGCUUAAUGAAUCAUAGCAAGGAAACACAUUCCAUCGAAGCCAACUUCAAUCAACUACCACACACCAGCUCCUUCAUCCCUCCACGAACGAACGGGCCAUCCUCUCAAGAAGUCAAAGAAGCUUUUCACUCAAAAUACCAAAUCAAAGCAACAACAGACAGGCUUGGUUCCCAAAUCGACCCCUACUACCAACCCCAUCAACUCAUCAUCGACCCCCCGAAACCCGAAGAUGUCACAUUAGAGCUAUUAAUGGCCAGCCAAAGCCAUCUCGGCCAUUCGACCAGUCUGUGGAACCCAAUGAACCAACGAUAUAUCUUUGGCGUUAGACAGGGCAUACACAUCAUAUCUCUCGAAACGACAGCCGCACAUCUACGACGAGCUGCAAAAGUAGUUGAGGGCGUUGCAUACCAUGGCGGCUUGAUCCUCUUUGUCGGCACUCGCGCUGGCCAAGGAUCUUGCGUAGUCAAGGCUGCUGAACUCGCACAGGGCUGCCACCUCUUUGAGAAAUGGAUACCGGGCUCAAUCACGAACGGGGAUCAAAUCCUGGCUAAAUGCGGCAUCAAAGCGAUAGAUAUGCAUGAUAAGGAAGUAGAGGGCUACGAAGAGAAGAUUGCGGACUGGAGCGCGUUGAAGCCGGAUUUGGUUGUGUGUUUGAAUCCGCUGGAGAACUAUAUCCUACUGCAUGAGUGUGGACUGAACAAUAUUCCGACGAUUGGAGUUAUUGACACGGAUGCGGAUCCGACUUGGGUUACGUAUCCCAUUCCUGCUAAUGAUGACAGUUUGCGCUGCAUACAAGUCAUAGCCGGCGUCCUAGGUCGCGCGGGCGAGUCUGGUCAGAAGAAACGUCUGAAAGCAGCCGAAACUGGAAAGGUGACUUGGUUGCCGCCUCCACGACUGGGAAACCCAAAGACGGAAGAGGAUCGGAAGAGAGAAGCGGAGUUGAGGAAGAAUAAGAGGAAUCUUGGCUUGGCACAGGAUAGUGUGGAUAAGAGGACUCCAAGGGGGAGAAAGAAGGAGGAGGAUGACGAGGAUGAUGAUUUGUAG